UUUCAGUAGUCACUCGUUUUAAUACUCAAGCCAGAUUAUCUCUGUCGUUUUCGAUUAUUAUAUUUAAUUCCUACAUAAUGCAUUUCCUCUCAUCUGUCAUCGGCCUCGUGGCUGCCGCCGGCACCGUUAAUGCGGCUGCCAGCGCCGCCAACUCCGGCAUCCAGGGGUUCAACUACGGAGCGUUCUUCUUGGACCAGUCGGCUAAGCAGCAGGCCGACUUUGCGUAUGAAUUCAACCGGGCUAAGAACCUGCCCAACACCAGUGGAUGGGCGAGUGCUCGUUUGUACACUAUGAUCCAAUGGGGCACCGCCACUGAUGUCAUCUCCGCCAUCCCCGCGGCCAUCGAGACCCAAACAACGCUCCUCCUCGGCCUCUGGGUCUCAGGCGGCCCCCAAGCCAUCACCAACGAGAUCACUGCCCUGAAAGCCGCCAUCGCUCAGUACGGCACCGCCUUCACCGACCUGGUGGUCGGCCUCUCGGUCGGCAGCGAGGACCUGUACCGCGAUGCCAACAAGGAGAUCGGCGUCGGCCCCAACGACCUCGUCAACUACAUCUCGCAGGUCCGCAGUGCCAUUGCGGGGACAGCCCUCGAGGGUACCCCCAUCGGCCACGUUGAUACGUACGAUUCGUUCCUCAACGCCUCCAACACGGCCGUCACCAACGCCGUUGACUGGCUGGGCUUCGAUGGAUACCCCUACUGGGAGAGCGUCAAGCCUAACAGCAUUGGUGAUGCCAGCACCCGCUUCUACGACGGCUUGAACAAGACCCUGGCUCUGGCUGGUGGCAAGCCCGUUUACGUUACUGAGACUGGCUGGCCUGUUGUUGGAGACACUGUCAACUUGGCUGUGGCCAACGCUGACAACGCUCGCAUCUACUGGCAGGACAUUGCUUGCACUUUGAUCUCGAGCGGUAUCAAUUUGUGGUGGUACACUCUCCAGGAGUCACAGUGGGGUCAGGCCAACCCUGACUUCGGUAUCUUCCCUGCUGGUGACUUGCAGCAGGUGUCGCCCUACUUUGAUCUCUCUUGUGUAAGUCAACCCCCCCUUUGAAGUAUCAUCCUUCAGUGCGAGGUUCCUAACGUCAUUGCAGUAAUUUAUCCGGGAAUCUAUGUACGGGUUAGGCUUAGACAAAAGCUAGAGGUUGGAAAGACAAUAGACAGAAUAUAGCAUUUGCAGGAAUCAUUAAUAUAAUAAUCUUAAUACGACUUCCACCACCAC